AUGGGCAAACACCUGUAUCAGCGUAUACUGGAAUAUCGACACGAUAGUCUCCACGGGGACAUUCUCGGUCCCGUUUCGGCCCGGGUCUUGGUGCAUGUUUGGGCAAAGUUCUGGGGCUCCAUGGAACCUAGAGAGGGACGAUUCAUUUGUGUUCACAAGCUGGACGAGGUAGUCGCCGCAGUUGAUCUCUGCGCUGUAUGCGUUUUUGCAUACUUUGGAGGAGGUGCCGCUCGCUAG